AUGUCGUGGACGGAAAUCACACCAGGUCGAUACCAAAGACCUCUUGGUGGGGCCGAGAAUGGGAUGAUCGCAGCAAUCACCGGAGAAAGACAGCUUGUACGGGAACCCAUACGAAUACACGCGUUUGCGGACUUCAUGUUGGAGGAGGAAGAUCCAGCGGACGUUAUCGCGGCUUUCAGGGACGCUUGGAAGGCGCUGCGUCUUCUCAAGUCUCCAGACAUUGCUACGACGUAUGGAGACGGACACAGCCAUUACAAAGUUCCUUCGGUCGAGGAGCUUGAAAGGUGGUUACAGCAAACCUUCCGAGUUGCGCAAGGCGGCAUCUCUGCGCAGGUAGUUGUGAAGGAGAUGCAAUCGCUGCAAGAAAUGCUACCUGUCUUCUAUAUCGUGCCUCAGCACAGCGAAGCUGGUUUCAAGGCUUCGGUGAUCCUCUUCAUCAGCCACUGGAGAACGGAAGCUGCUGGCGCGUUCAAGAUGAUCAGUCAUGUCCUUGGCUAUGCGUCUGACAUCCUGUCGGGAACCUCUACCAGGGAAGCUCUUUCACGACAUCUUCCAGGCAGUGAGGCCAGACUACUGAAUCCUACUUUGGAAGAUAUCAUGAUGCCGAAUAAAUCCACGACUCCCGAGUCCAAGAGCCGCAUCCAGCAACUUUUGGAAGACUAUGACUCCAAGCUUCCUCCUCUGGAUUUCCCCAUGCAAAGGGACCCAUCCACGAUUCCUUCCUCAGUCAAACUGAAACUUCGAAGAUACAAGGAAACGACAACUUCCAGCCUUGUGAAUGCAUGCAAGGCCAGGGGAAUCAGUGUGACAGCCGCGGUACAUUCAGCCUACCUGGAGGCUGUGUGGCAGCUGGCUGACAAUGACAAGAAGAGUCGAAAUUAUGCUUCGAUGAUGCCAGCCCAGGUCCGCACACGUCUGCCUCCAACCUCACGUUAUCGCGACCAGGGAGCUUGGAACGCGAGCCAGAUGCUGAUGAUGUCCGCGCUGGCGGGUCAAGAUUUUCUGACGCGGGCCCUCGACCUUAAGCGGCAAUACGCGAUUGCCAGUCAGCAGACAUGGCUAUAUGAGGAUAUGCGUGAGAUGAGCGAGCAGUUGGGGGCGCAUCCCCUCGCUCUCGAAGCGUCCAUGCCAUGGUUCACAAGUCAUGGAGUCUUGGAUCAGGAGAUGAUCCCACAAAGCUAUGGGAAAUUGAAAGUAGAGAGCAUCCUGGUAUUCGCCGAUCCAGUCCUUGGCCCAGGAAUUGUUCUGGGUGUAUGGACAUUCCGAGGAAAGAUGACUGUAGAGGUCCAUUGGAACACCGCCUUUUACCGCGACGAUAUCAUGCAGAGCACUCUGGACAUCAUUGAUCAGACUCUCAGCACGGAGCUUGGAUUGAACAUGGAAAUCGAGGGAGCGAUGCUCACAGAAUUUUGA